UUGUGGUACCAGCCUAGCAACGAUGGAAUAUGUACAUAUGUUUGCAUCCCUUUCUCUCUUCUUAUUACUCUCCACAGUAUCAUGUGAACUAAAUGCAAAUAGUAUAGUGCAUAGAGCUGGCACUAAGUUUGCAGACAGAGCUGUCUAUUCCACAAUUGAAGUCACCAAUGGGGGGCAGUUUGGAGACUGGACCUGGACUGAAAUGUGUCCUGAAGGCUUCUACGCUAUUGGGUUUAGUCUAAGGGUGGAAAGGCCUCAACUAGGCGGUGAUGACACUGCUCUCAACGGCAUACGCUUGUAUUGUUCAAGACUUACGGACAGAAGCAUUCUCUAUACUGUUGAGUCGCACACGGGACUGUUUGGAGAGUGGACACAGACCUUCUGGUGCCCAUCCGGAGCGCUGAAGUCAUUCCAGUUGAGAGUAGAGCCACACGGAGGGUUUUUUAGCGAUGACACAUCAGCCAACAACAUCAAAUUCCGCUGCAGCAGCUCACCGGUUUUAGAAGGGCUUGGUGAAACUUGGGGGGAAUACGGGAACUGGAGCGAUGAAUGCAAAGAAGGAGGGAUCUGUGGUAUCAAAACCAAGCAGGAGCCCUACCAAGAAGGCUUGGAUGAUACAUCUCUGAAUGAUGUGCAAUUCUUCUGCUGCAAAUAAAUAUGUUGGAAUGUGAUCUGACCUGUGUAAACUUCACCAGGAGGGGUUUGUUCUGUUUCAAAUAACUGCUUACAGAUUGGGAAGUUUCCCAGGAACUUA